UUCCUAGCUGCUACAGGUAGUCGGGAAGCGAAGGGCGCUGCGCCGCCCGCGCUGCUGCAAGGGGCUGCGCGCUGCCCGGCCUCUCUCGAGCGCAGGGGAGUUUCUGGGCCGUGCUCCUUUCUGACUAUUAAUGCAGCCAACUUCCCCGCGCGCCCCUGCCUCGCGCUGACAGGGCUGCGGCGAGGCGCGAGAUUCCUCUGACUCCCCCGAGCGCACGCUUCAGAGCCCGCCGCCGCGGAGUGUGUGCGGAGUGGGAGCGUCUCUCCGGGGCGCCGCAGCCUGCCGCGGGAGUGACUAGCGAGCCCUUGCCGCGAGCGGGGGCGGAGGGACCGGCCUGCAGCCGAGGGGCUCCGAUCCCUGGCGGGGCAGCCGGGCGGGCGGACUCGCAGCCAGAGGAGGAGGCGGCGGCGGCCCCGCGCACCGUGUGCCCUCAGGGGAAGCGGGGAUGGACCUCGCAUUGUUCCUCUGCUAAGCAACUCCUGCGGGGCGCCGGCGCCGCGGACCAUGGGCUCCUCGCCUUUGUCUCCCGAGUGAGCGAGCCCUUCGCACGCCGCCUUUGUGAGCCGAGCCCCGCGAACAUGGAUGUGACCAUUUCCGAGCUCAUGGAGCUCUUCCUGCAGAGCCCUUUGGUGACCUGGGUGAAGACAUUUGGCCCGUUAGGGAAUGAAAAUGAAGACAAAUUGACUAUGUAUAUGGAUCUCGUUGAUGGUGUCUUUCUGAACAAAAUCAUGUUGCAAAUAGAUCCACGGCCAACAAACCAACGUGUCAACAAGCACGUCGAUAAUGAUGUCAACCUCCGAAUCCAAAACCUGACCAUCUUAGUCAGAAACAUCAAGAUUUAUUAUCAGGAGGUCCUCCAGCAGCUGAUCGUAAUGCAUUUACCAAACGUUUUAAUGAUUGGCAAAGAUCCUCUUUCCGGUAAAAGUAUGGAUGAAAUUAAGAAGAUGCUGUUGUUGGUGUUGGGCUGUGCUGUGCAGUGUGAAAGAAAGGAAGAGUUUAUCGAAAGAAUAAAACAACUGGAUAUUGAGACCCAGGCUGGAAUUGUUUCACACAUUCAGGAGGUGACUCAGAACCAGGAGAAUGUGUUUGACUUGCAGUGGCUAGAGCUGCCAGAUAUGGCCCCAGAAGAACUGGAGUCUCUCUCAAGGAAUAUGGUUUUCCAUCUCAAGAGGCUUAUUGAUGAGAGAGACGAGUGCACAGAACUGAUUGUGGAUCUCACUCAGGAGAGAGAUUAUCUGCAGUCUCAGCAACCACCAAGUCCUCUGAAAACAUCUAGUCCAGACUCUUCACCAAACCUAGCCAGUCGUCUCUCCAGUGAGGACAAGCAGCACCUGGCUGUUGAGCUGGCAGACACACGAGCAAAGCUGAGAAGGGUCCGACAGGAAUUGGAAGAAAAAUCUGAGCAACUCGUGGACACUAAACAUGAAGCAGAACAGCUUGUACUAGAGCUGCAGAAAAUAAAACAGGAGAACAUCCAUCUGGCAGCUGAUGCACGCUCUGCCCGAGCAUACAGAGAUGAACUGGAUUCACUGAGAGAGAGAGCAAACAGAGUCGAGAGGCUCGAGAUGGAACUGGUCCGGUGUAAAGAGAAACUGCAUGAUGUGGAUUUUUACAAGGCUCGUAUGGAGGAAUUGAGAGAAGACAACAUCAUAUUAAUUGAAACAAAGGCUAUGCUAGAAGAACAGUUAACAGUAGCAAGAGCUCGUGGUGAUAAAUUGCAUGAACUAGAGAAGGAAAACUUGCAAUUGAAAUCCAAACUUCAUGAUGUAGAGCUGGACCGGGACACAGACAAGAAACGAAUUGAAGAGCUGCUGGAAGAGAAUAUGGUACUGGAGAUCGCGCAAAAACAGAGCAUGAAUGAGUCUGCACACCUGGGCUGGGAACUAGAACAGCUGUCAAAGAGCACGGACCUCGCAGAUACUAGAAAGUCCUUUGUGUUUGAGCUAAACGAGUGUGCAUCAAGUCGCAUUCUGAAGCUAGAAAAGGACAAUCAGAGCCUGCAAAACACCAUCCAGGAGCUCAGAGAUCUCUCUCUGACCACGGAAGAGAGCAGCCUAAAGUUUGUAGAGCUGGAAAAGGAGAAUCAACAACUUAGCAAGAAGAUUGAGAAGUUGCAAAAUCAGAUUGAAAAAGAGAAACAAAGCAACCAAGACUUGGAGACCUUAAGCGAGGAGCUGAUAAAAGAGAAAGAACAGCUACAGGGUGUCAUGGAAACUGUAAAAGCUGACAAAGACAGACAGAUUAAUGACCUCAAACAAGAGAAUGACCACCUCAACCAAGUGGUUUUGUCCCUGAGGCAGAGGGCUCAGGUUAGUAGCGAGGCCAGAGUAAAAGACAUUGAAAAAGAGAACAAGAUGCUCCAUGAAACAGUUACAGAGACUAGUAGCAAACUCAGCAAGCUGGAGUUUGAGAAGAAACAAUUGCAUAAAGAUUUUGAACAGGUUAAAGAAAAGGUAGAACGAGUGGAGGAAAUGGAGAAAGAGCUCCAUCGGCUAGAGAGGGAGAAUGAACAGCUCACAAAGAAGGCAGCAGCCAUGAAAAUUGUAACAGAAAAAGUUGAGGUUCUAGAGCAGGAAAAUGGGGAUCUGGAAGUGGAGAACAAGAAGUUGAGAAAGUCCCUGGAUACCUUACAGAAUGUUUCCAUCCGUCUAGAGGACCUGCAGAGGGACAACAAGCAACUGGAUGAAGAGAACCUGGAGCUCAGGAGGAUGGUAGAGACCAUGAGAUUCACCAGCACAAAAAUGGCACAGAUAGAGGAAGAAAAUAAAGAGCUGGAGAGGGAGAAAGAGGAGCUAAGAAAAAAUGUGGAGAUGUUAAAAACACUGGGAAAGAAGUCGGAAAGGCUGGAGCUGAGCUAUCAGAGUGUGAACUCUGAGAAUCAGAGGCUUCAGCAGAUCCUGGAGAACAGCAGCAAAAAAACCCAAGAGCUAGAGAAAGAGCUACAGGGAAUGGAAAGUGAAAAUCAGGUCCUCCAGAGAAAACUUGAAGAGCUGAAGAUUUCCAGCAAACGGCUGGAGAGGUUAGAAAAGGAGAACAAAGUGCUGGAGCAAGAAGUGUCACAACUGGAGAAAGACAAAAAGAUGCUAGAGAAGGAAACAAAAAGGCUUUGGCAGCAGGUGGAGUUGAAAGAUGCUAUUUUGGAUGAUAACACAGUAAAGCUGGCGGCUGUGGAGAAGGAAAACAGAACACUUGAAAAAGAAAUGGCUCGAUUCAGAGAUUCAUCUAAUAAGAUGAAAGAAUUUGAAAAAGACAAUAAAGACCUUAUAAAGCAAGUUACCAUUGAUAAAAGAACACUAGCUACAUUGAGAGAGGAUUUGGUCCUUGAAAAGUUAAAGAGCCAACAGUUGUCUAGUGAAAUGGACAAACUGAGCCAAGAGCUGGAGAAGAUUGGAUUGAACAAAGAGCUGCUGCUACAGGAUGAUAAUGGCAAUGACAACAAAUAUAAGAUUCUGGAAAGCAAAACUGACUCUGCAUUAAAGACAACACUAGCCAUUAAAGAAGAAAAGAUUGUAUUGUUAGAGUCUCAAGUGGAAGAGUCUCUUAACUUGAAUCAGCAGUUGCAGAAUGAGCUAAAUACGAUAAAGAAGGACUUUGAAGUUCUUAAGCAAAGUCAAGAAGAUGGGCUAUGUGUGAAGAACUCAUUAAAAUCUCCUGCAGAAAAACUCGUUUCCAACCACCAGAUGAAAGAGAAAUGGGAAACGGGACACCGAGAAACAACAAUGGAGCUGUUGAAAGUGAAAGACAGAGCUAUAGAGCUGGAAAGGAAUAAUGCAGCCCUCCAUGCUGAGAAGCAGCUGCUGAAAGAACAGCUGAAGCAUUUGGAAAUGCAGAAUGUCUCUUUCAACAAUCAGAUCCUAACACUACAGAAGCAAAAUGGCUUCCUUCAGGAGCAUAACACUGCUCUGCAGACCCAAACAGCCAAGCUCCAGGUAGAAAAUUCAACCCUGAGCUCCCAGAGCACUUCACUGAUGGCCCAGAAUGCUUUACUCCAAAACCAGCAGACAGCUAAGGAAAAUGAGAAUGAAAAUCUACUGAAACAGAAAGAUCAGCUAAAAGCUGAAUACGAGUCACUGCUGCAGGACCACGAACACUUUGCCUCACUGCAUGAGCGACAGUCCACAGAAUAUGAAAUGCUAAUAAAGCAGCACAGCUGCCUGAAAACAUUGCACAAAAAUCUGGAACUGGAGCACAAAGCUCUUGGGGAAAGGUACAACAGUUUAGUAAAACACAAGGCAGAAUUGGAAGAAUUGGAAAUUGUUCUAAAAACUGAGAGAGAGGUUCUGCAGCAAGAAAGGAGAACAAAUACAAUAACCACUGGAGAAAAUCAAAAGAUGAGAGAAGAACUGGACAGGGUAAAUUUCUUGCAUAGCCAGCUAAAGGCAGAGUAUGAGGGGCUGCAUGCACACACUAAGGAGCUGAAAACCUCAUUGAAUAAUUCUCAGCUGGAGCUGAACCGCUGGCAGGCUCGUUAUGAUGAACUGAAGGAACAGCACCAGUCCAUGGAUAUCUCCCUGACCAAGCUUGAUAACCACUGUGAGCUGCUUACCCGUCUAAAGGGAAAUCUGGAAGAAGAGAACCAUCAUCUCCUGAGCCAGAUCCAGAUGCUGAGUCAGCAGAACCAAAUGCUACUGGAGCAAAACAUGGAGAACAAGGAACAGUACCAUGAAGAGCAGAAGCAAUACAUUGAUAAAUUAAAUACAUUAAGGAGACACAAAGAAAAACUGGAAGAGAAGAUAAUGGAUCAGUACAAGUUUUAUGAUCCUGCUCCAAAAAAGAAAAACCACUGGAUUGGAGCCAGAGCUUUAGUCAAACUGAUCAAGCCAAAGAAAGAGGCUACAAAGGAGCGAUUGAUAUCAUCGGUGGAGAGUCCUCCAUGGCACUCUGAAUCCACAGAGACAGCAUCCUCGCCAUCUGCUUCUCAGAUAUUCAAGCAUCAGCAGGAGAGUCUGGAUAACACCUCUCUGGGGUCAAACUCUAUGGAAGAGAAAGUGAGCCACAAUGGAGCUUCAAACAAAGCUGCUCAACGCAAAAAGAUUGCCUUUUUGAGAAGCAAAAGCAAGGACAAAGAAAAGUCUCCUAAGUCUCCAUCGAAUCAUCAGUCUCUCACUAAUCGUCUGCGGUUCUGGUCUUCUUCCGACAUCCCAUCUUCUCCUAAUGAACCUCUUUCUUUCUCGGAAAUGGGAGAUUUCUCAUUAAUGGAUCUAAAACAAAACCGAAUUUCCCAACGUGGAGGCCGCAAUGAUAAUGUUGAAAAUUCAGCAGACUCUGCUACUAAGCACUGCAUGGAGCUGGGUUCCCGAACUUACUCUACCUCAGCCAUCCAUUUGACCUCUUCAAGUUCUACUCCCACUUCCAGGCACCAAAGCAAACCCAAAGGGUAUAAUUCAGAGGAUAAUCUUUGUGACCAAUCUCCUGAGGUAGAGUUUUCAAGAAACAGACAACAUGUUUCCAAGCCAAAUAGUUUAGAGAGCAGUCAAAAUGCAUCCAGCAGUAGUUCACCUCUGAACUUGAAAGGUUCUUCAGAUCAUAUCUACGGCAGAGCUGAGAGCCUCAGCAGUGAAGAUAUGGUGCCAAGUAGAGACACACCUGCCUUGCCCAGAGACGGCUACAUCUGUCGUUCCACUUCUGCCAUCUUAAGCUCUAACAACAGACAAGACCCCUCCCUUCACAGGAACGGCUCGACUUAUGACAUACCUCAGAGGAGUAACCCAACCCAAUCCUAUGCUGGCAGGCAGCGAUCUGCUUCUCCUGGCAGCGACAUGGUGACUUUGGAAGAGUUUCUGGAAGAGACCAACAAGUUAUCCCCACCGAGUGACACUUCCAGUAGCAGAGAUGACUUGCUGAGUGAUUAUUUUAGAAAAGCAAAUGAACCCCCUCCUGUUGGGAACCAGCUGGGUCAGCCAAGUAGAAAGGAGACAGCUAAGACGCCUACCAGCUAUGUGUCACCAACUAUAAAAAUGACCAUCGCCAGUGAAGAGGGGAGAGUGGCUAAACCUGGACACUAUGUCAAACCCAACCCUAGACCAGCUGAAUCUGAGACACUGGCCACAGGAUCUCUUAAACUUCCUCCCACACCACCACAUCAGCCACUCAGUGGGCUGAGGCCGAUGGCACAACCGCAGCAGACCAGUACGAUGAGCCAGAGGAAUGCCUCACUGAGCAGAGCCUUUAGUCUGGCCUCUGCAGACCUCCUGAGAGCCACAGGCCCAGAGACAUACAGACAGGAGAGCCCUCAGAAGCUGGGUGCAGAUGUUCGUACGGGCAAAGACUCUGGCAGUCAGACUGUGCGGCUCUCUGUGCCCCCAGGCUCUCACGCUACCAUACGAGACAGACCACAGUCUGCAAAGGCAGCGUGCACUUUGCAAGCUGUCGAUUCCCGUUGUCGGCAGCUUGACGUGAGACGUCUUUCUCUGGCACCUCCAAAGGAGGAGAGGCCUCUUUCGUUUCAUCAGUCUUCUGCCUCUGCCGGUGCCAACAGUGUACAGCAACCUGAACAAGUGAGUGCAGUGUCUGGGCAGCACUAUUCACCCACACAAUAUACACCGGCUAAAGUCAAAUCCAAGCCAGCUGCACGCUCCGGGGAAGUGGCCACCGUGACUCCUGUCAGAGCUGCCUCUAGUAACAGUGAGGGCGAUGUUACCCAAGGGCAAAGUCGGAGUGAUGCCCUCAUUACCAAGUGCCAGAGUAGGUCACCAGAAGGCCACGCUGGUGCAGGGGGAAUAGAGGAAUCCAACAGAGGGGGCAGCUCCAGGAGCACUCCUGGUUCUCCAGAUCCCCAUGGGGACCAGCAGACCGUCUGGUAUGAGUAUGGAUGUGUGUAAUCCAUUGAUUCUCUUGGUAACGUGUUUUAAGCUGGUGACAUUUGGGUGGAAUUUGGUAGUGACAUUUGUCUAAACACUGUGGCAGGUCUUAAAAGGUAUUACCUGCACCUAAUUUUCUAGUUUGUCUAAAUGCCUUCCAGCCACUGGUUUUUAAUGGAACAAAGGACAUUUUCACGGUUAAAACACAGAACUGAACAGCCGAACCAGGGCCUUUCCUUUCACACUAUAGUGCCUAAAACAAAGUGGACCCCUUACAGACUCCCACAAAAGACUUUGGCCUAAUUUUCAGAAGUGCUGAGCACCCACAAAUCCAGCUGAAGACAAGGGGAUCUGUGAGGGCUCACCACUCUCUGACAAUUGGUCACCGCCUCUCCCUAUCUUCAUACUGCCCUCUCCCAUGCUCCCCCAGAUUCUGCAUUAAAGACACAUUCAUGGGUCAAAUUUAACUGUGCUGAAUUCAGCCCUCAGUUUGAAAAAUGACUUAAGUUGCAGAAAAGAUCAUGUAAAAGCCAAACUCCUCCCUAGGGAAAAGAACCAGACGCUUGCAGCAGCUUAAAGAAAAGCUGAAGGGCAAAAGUGUAUGGCUUUGCAGUGGGUGUAAGUAAAAGCAAUUAUGUUUGUGACAGCUGCAUUUUAUAAAUAGGAAGAGUAGAAUUAAAGGGUCCCAUAUUAACCUUUCACAUUGAGAACUGUUUGAACCCAAAGAGGUCAGUGUAUUUGCCUCGCUCCUCCACUACACGCACAGUUCAGCGGAUCCUUGAUUCUGAAAGCCAAGUGGUGCUGCCUUUUGACACUUGCUUUAUCUUUUAUACAAACACUGGAACUGAUACAGCCUGUUCAGGGAGAUGCCUGAUUUCAAUGGCAUUGCAAAGAUGGCAUCCCAUGUACAAAGGUGACUUGUACACAUGUAAAUGAAAAGUUAAAUCAUUGUAUAGGAUUGCUGUGUAAACUGUAUUAAUAAAUGUGCUAUCACUUCUUCUUGCA